UGCAGUUGGCCAAUGGUAGCGGCACUGGGUCUGCGGCAGCCGGGAGAAGUCGUUGACGGGAGGUUGGGGAGCGGCGGCGGCGGCGGAUCAGAGUGGAUUUGGCAGCGAAGAGAGUGUCGGAGAUAAAGCGUGUGUGAAGGUGAAGGAGGAGGGAGCUCGGUGUUCGGCAGCACAGCACAGCUUCCGCGACGAGAGCCGUCGGCGACGCGGCUUGGGAACGCCAUGGUGUCGUGGAUCAUCUCAAGGACGGUGGUCCUUGUGUUUGGAACCUUAUAUCCUGCUUAUUAUUCAUACAAAGCUGUAAAAACCAAAAACGUGAAGGAAUAUGUUCGUUGGAUGAUGUACUGGAUUGUUUUUGCCCUUUACACGGUACUUGAAACUUUUGCAGAUCUCACUAUUGCAUGGUUUCCACUGUACUAUGAACUUAAAGUUGCAUUUGUUAUUUGGUUAUUGUCUCCGUACACACGAGGUGCAGGGGUACUUUACAGAAAGUUUCUACAUCCUCUUCUUUCCUCCCGUGAGAGAGAGAUUGAUGAGUAUAUUAGCCAAGCUAAAGAUCGAAGCUAUGAUACAAUGGUGAAAUUUGGAAAGCAAGGUCUAAAUCUUGCCGCAACUGCUGCUGUGUCCGCUGCGGUAAAGAGUCAAGGUGCAAUUACUGAAAAGCUGAGGAGUUUAAGUAUGCAUGACUUAACAACCAUACAAGGUGAUGAACCAGUAGGACACCGUUCCUUAACUGGUGGUGCAGAUACCAGAAAGAAGGCUAAACAUUUGCCCAGAGAAGACUUCAACCAGCAUUUUAAUUAUGAUGAUGUGGAUAGUGAAGAUCGAUCAGAUGCCGAGCAGAACAGCGCUCAUUCUGAUGACGAGCUGGUCACACAAAAGCAUCUCCUACGAUCACAGAGCCUUAAAAUGAAACGAAAAGGUCAUCGUAAAGAGGUCCGGUAUGGAUCCCUGAAGUUGAGAUCCAAGAAGAGGGUGCAGUGCAGUUAUAUCACAGGAUAAAAUGAUUUGGAUAUUCCUGUUGUUCAUGACUUCAGCUGAAUAUGUGCUGUUGGAUUUAUAAUGUUUUUAAUUUCAAGAACACUAAGAAAUGCUGGUCCCUAUAUAUAAUAUAUAUCUGACUUUGUCACCUUGACACAUCCUGCUGAGUUGGCCCAUGACUGAGACUGUAUUUAUCAUAACUGUCCUGUGACAACGGGUCUUAAAAAUGAUGUGUUAUACUGACUGAUAAUUUAGAAUCAUUAACAGGAAGAGCAAUCUUCUACAAAAUAUGUUGUUUCAAUUCGGCAGAAAGGUCAACAAUAGAUUUUGAAAAUCAGUGUUGAAGAGCUUGAAUUCUGAAGUGCCGAGAAGCCUGUGGAAACAUUGAAUCUGAGCUGUGGUUUAACCAAAAAAAAUCGACAAGAAUACUUUUGUCAUGGAAGCGUGCACUUUCUUUCAAUACACUAAUGACCGCAUUUUCUGUGAUGAUUUGGGACUGGGCUCGUUUGUAAAGUGUGUUUCAGUUAGAAUUCUUCAGAGUUAUGAGGAAUAUGUUAAAAGCAAUAUAAUUUAGUAUUUUGAAGGUCAAGUUUUUAAAAAAUGUUAAUUGCAUGUUUUUAUAAAUUUUGUAUGUUAAUGGGUGACUUUUAGUAUUUUAUAUCUGUCAGUGUGAGUUGUAAAUCUUCCAACUUUCUACCUUUUAAAAACAAAUUGAAUAUACUGAGCACAUUUUGUAGCUAGAA